AUGGGCAUAGACAAAAAGCCACGCGUACCGUACAUGACGGCAGAGUCCCUUCGAGGACCCAACUAUGUAUUUCAAAGGGAAUUACCCGACGUGACCGAUGUGAUCGCGCGACGCAGGUACAUGGACACGUUCAUCUGCCACGUGAUGCCGGUCACCAACAAGCAGAUAAAGGAGUAUCGGAUACAGAUGACAAUCGUGUAUCUUCGAACUCUCAUCAAGCGCCGCUUCCGGUGGGUAGCAGAAGACUGGCUGAGUUGCAUGAUCGACCUGCAUACAUGGAACGCCAUCUUUCUCGCACAUCCGCUUAUAAAGGCGUUGCCAAACUUUCCAUGGGUGCUCAUAACCCAUGAUAGGUCAUUGGAUCCCUCGCGGAUGUACAAGGACUUUAGGGAAUUCCACUCUUUGGACAAUGACCCGUGUAAAGACUUGAAGGACAAUGGACCGUGUAAAGACUUGAAGGAUAACGAGGUAACCGAUAGGGAACUGGACUCGGCGUAG